AAUUCAAAAGGAUAAAAAGUCAGUCAUGGCAUCUGCAUCUCUCUUUAAGCCAUCCCCAUCCACCAUUCUUGAUAAGUCUGAAUGGGUUAAGGGUGGUCAGACCCUUCGCCAGCCACCCGUCUCCAUCGUCCGGUUCAGCUCGGCCGCACCCGCUGUAUCCACCAUCCGUGCGAGUUCGUACGCCGAUGAGCUCGUCAAAACUGCGAAAACUGUAGCCUCGCCUGGCCGAGGAAUUCUGGCCAUGGAUGAGUCCAACGCCACUUGUGGAAAGCGGUUAGCUUCGAUCGGUCUAGAGAAUACCGAGGCUAACCGUCAGGCUUACCGAACCCUCCUAGUCAGUGCACCAGGUCUCGGCAACUACAUCUCGGGUGCCAUCCUUUUCGAGGAGACUUUGUACCAAUCCACAGUCGAUGGCAAGAAGAUUGUCGAUGUCCUAGUGGAGCAGGGGAUCAUCCCCGGUAUCAAGGUCGACAAGGGUCUAGUUCCGUUAACUGGUUCAAACGAUGAGUCAUGGUGCCAAGGUCUUGACGGACUCGCCUCCCGUUCGGCUGCUUACUACCAACAGGGUGCUCGUUUUGCCAAAUGGCGCACCGUUGUGAGCAUCCCGAAUGGCCCAUCAGCACUUGCGGUCAAGGAAGCGGCAUGGGGUCUGGCUCGUUAUGCUGCUAUUUCUCAGGACAACGGUCUGGUCCCGAUUGUUGAGCCCGAGAUCUUGCUCGACGGAGAGCACGGAAUCGACAGGACCUUCGAGGUUGCACAGCAGGUGUGGGCCGAAGUUUUCUUCAACCUUGCUGAAAACAACGUGUUGUUCGAAGGCAUUCUCCUAAAACCGAGCAUGGUUACACCCGGAGCUGAUUGCAAAGAGCGAGCCACUCCUCAACAGGUGUCUGAUUACACUCUGAAGCUUCUCCAUAGAAGAAUCCCACCUUCAGUUCCUGGAAUCAUGUUUUUGUCCGGUGGUCAAUCUGAGGUGGAGGCUACGCUCAACUUGAACGCAAUGAACCAAAGCCCGAACCCAUGGCAUGUCUCGUUUUCAUAUGCACGUGCCCUUCAGAACACGUGCCUUAAGACAUGGGGAGGCAGGCCCGAGAAUGUGAAGGCGGCUCAGGACGCUCUGCUUCUGAGAGCUAGUGCCAACUCUCUGGCUCAGCUCGGGAAAUACACCGGUGAGGGUGAGUCCGAGGAGGCCAAGAAGGGAAUGUUCGUCAAGGGCUAUGUGUACUAAGUUUAAAGGCGGAAGGGUUAGGUGUAGAACACUGAAGAAAUUAUGAAUUUGUGUCAAUUGUCUCUACUCUCUAGCCCAUGGAGACUGCUGCUACUUUUGUUCAUAGCAUCUACUUCUAGCAACUCUAUAAAUUUUCUUGCUAUUCAUAAUAUUGAGAUGGAAUCAUGAAUUCUUAUAUCUUGUAGUUUCAAGACAAAUCUAUAAGACGAGUUUUCCUAAUAACUCGACAAAUGGUUGAAA